CACAGGCGCGUGCACACACGCUGCUCUUCCCUCUUUUACGGCUGCCACUAAUUCCCGCUCGGCGUCGGAAACGUAGAUCUUCUCUGUAUCCCUUUCUCCUGACCGUUUCUUCUUCGGAGUCUUCCUCUUCUCGAUUGCUUGGUUCGGAUCAGAGGGGAAGGAGAUUUAGGUGAUUCGGUGAUCACAGUGCGGAAAGGUGCGAUUUUUUUCCCCUUUUCUUUCUUUCGUUCUGCUUUGAGCGUUCCUUCGCGCCUCCGCGUCCGUUGAGCUUCUGUAGAAGAUAUCGGAGAUGGGAUUCUUCAGCUCCGUGUUAGGCUUCUUCGGCUUCGGAAUUGGGAUCGCCGUCGGGCUGGUCAUCGGUUACUACCUCUUCAUCUACUUCCAGCCCACGGAUGUGAAGGAUCCUGAAAUCCGACCGCUAUUUGAACAAGAUGCAAAAUCACUGGAGCACAUGUUUCCUGAAAUUCCUGUGUGGGUGAAAAAUCCAGACUUCGAUCGAAUCGACUGGCUAAACAAGUUUCUCGAGCAUAUGUGGCCGUAUCUCGACAAGGCAAUAUGCAAAACUGCGAAAGAGAUUGCAAAACCAAUUAUCGCUGAGAACACUGCCAAGUUCAAGAUGGAGUCGGUUGAAUUCGAAACCCUCACAUUAGGUACUCUGCCACCUACUUUUCAAGGAAUGAAAGUUUACACCACGGACGAAAAGGAACUAAUCAUGGAACCAUCACUCAAAUGGGCUGGAAAUCCUAACGUCACUGUUGUGGUCAAGGCAUUCGGACUAAAAGCAAGCGCACAGGUAAUAGACUUACAAGUCUUUGCUAUACCACGCAUCACAUUGAAGCCACUCGUCCCCAGUUUCCCUUGUUUUGCAAAGAUCCUUGUAUCGCUCAUGGAGAAGCCACAUGUUGAUUUUGGAUUGAAGCUUCUGGGAGCCGAUCUUAUGUCGAUACCUGGUCUUUACAGAUUUGUUCAGGAGACGAUUAAGAAACAGGUCGCCAACAUGUAUCUAUGGCCUAAAACACUGCAAGUGGCAAUUAUGGACCCAACGCGAGCUCAGAAGAAGCCAACUGGUAUUCUAAAUGUGAAUGUCGUCCGGGCAUAUAAACUGAAGAAAAAAGAUCUGUUGGGUAAGUCUGAUCCAUACGUAAAACUAAAGCUUUCAGAUGACAAUCUUCCAUCAAAGAAAACCACCGUGAAGCGUAGCAACCUGAACCCUGAGUGGAACGAGGAAUUCAAGUUGGUCGUCAAGGAACCAGAAUCUCAAGCUCUGGAGCUCAGUGUCUAUGACUGGGAACAGGUUGGAAAGCAUGAUAAGAUGGGCGUGAAUUCUAUCCCGUUGAAGGAUCUUACCCCUGACGAGACUAAAUCUCUAACGCUGGACUUGCUCAAAAAUCUGGAUCCCAAUGAUCCUCAAAACGACAAGUCGCGUGGACAGAUCGUUCUCGAGGUCACAUAUAGGCCUUUCAAGGAAGGGGAGGUCGCCAACGACAUCAGCGAGGAUGAAGGUGAGAUCGAAAAGCCUCCUGAAGGCACUCCCGCAGGUGGUGGUUUGCUCGUGGUUAUCGUACACGAAGCUCAAGAUCUCGAGGGGAAGCACCAUACCAAUCCCUAUGUCCGGAUCCUUUUCAGAGGAGAGGAGAAGAAGACCAAGUGCCUCAAGAAGAACAGAGAUCCACGAUGGGAAGAGGAGUUCCAGUACAUGUGCGAGGAGCCACCCACAAAUGAUAAGAUGCAUGUGGAGGUUCUUAGUAAGCCCCCAAGCAUUGGAAUCCACUCUAAGGAAAUGCUGGGAUAUGUGGUCAUCAACGUUGCAGAUGCCGUCACCAAUAAGAGAAUCAAUGAGAAAUAUCAUCUUAUUGACUCCAGAAAUGGCCGCAUUCAAGUCGAGCUUCAGUGGAGGAGUUCAUAAUCUAGGAGGUAAAACAUUUAUUUAUUAAGCAACU